AUGGAGUUCCCACAUUCAAAUCUUAAGGUAUUUUGGUCAUUUACUCUCUUCCGUGCAAUCCUUCUCUCUUCCAUCCUCUCCUCCUCACCCUCGAUAUUUACGUUGAAAAAUGAGACCGAUCGACUCGCAUUGCUCGCAUUCAAAGAUGGUAUUUCCGAAGAUUCUCAAGGAGUUUUGACCUUAUGGAAUAAUUCUCUCCAUUUCUGCCAAUGGGAGGGAGUCACAUGCAGUCGCACCCAUCAUCAAAGGGUCACGAUCUUGAACCUCACGGGCCACAGUUUGGUGGGCCACCUAUCACCUCACUUGGGAAAUCUCUCUUUCCUGAGAAGAAUCGAUCUCUCAAGCAACAAAUUCCAAGGCCAAAUCCCACAAGAAAUCACCCGUUUGUUCCGUCUUCAGAUUCUCAACCUUGAAGAAAAUUCACUCCAAGGAGAAAUUCCAUCCAAUCUGAGCUACUGCUCAGAACUCAUAUUCAUUAACAUCGCAUCAAAUCAGCUCACUGGAAAACUUCCUGCCGAUCUUGGCUCUUUAUCAAAGCUCACCAAUCUUAAUGUCGGCCUCAACAAUCUCACAGAAAGCAUUCCACCUUCAUUUGGGAACCUUUCCUCUCUCACAACUCUUUAUCUAUGGCGUAACAAUUUCAGUGGGCAAAUUCCAAACCAGCUUGCCCAAUUAUCAAGCAUGAUCUAUUUUCAAUUAUCUGUAAAUCAGUUCUCAGGUACAAUUCCUCCGUCGAUUUGUAAUCUCUCUUCCAUCCAGUGGUUUGGCGUGGCAGGUAAUCAGCUGCAUGGAAACAUUCCAUCCAACAUAGGCCUUACAUUUCCUCACCUGCAAGGUAUUUUGCUAGGAGGAAACCAAUUCACUGCAAAGGUUCCAAUUUCAUUGACCAAUGCGUCUGGACUCCGUUUUAUCGAUUUUGCCUUCAACAAUUUAAGUGGACCAGUGCCAGUGAAUCUAGGGAGUCUUCCGGCUCUCUACAUUUUCAGAAUCGCAGAGAAUCAGCUUGGAAGAAGGGAGGGUGAUGACCUGAUCUUCCUUACUUCACUGACUAACUGCACUCAUUUAGAAGAGAUAAGUGCAGGCAAUAAUAAUCUGUAUGGCGAGUUGCCUGUGUCCAUUGCUAAUCUCUCCUCCCAGUUAAGACAAUUACUCUUAGGAGGAAACCAGAUAUAUGGAUCCAUUCCAAAGGUAAUUGAGAAUCUCGUUAGCUUGAUUGGACUUUCUUUGUUAGAUAACGUCUUGAAGGGUACUAUUCCAGGCAGCAUGGGGAAGCUUAAUAGAUUGCAAGCAUUGUAUCUUCAUGGAAAUAGUCUUUCGGGCAAAAUUCCAUCUUCAAUAGGUAACAUCACUCGAUUGAACGGACUUACGCUGUAUGGAAAUAAUUUCCAUGGAAACAUACCAUCAACGUUCGGGAACUUGAGGUUCAUGGAAUUAUUGUAUCUUUCAGCAAAUAACCUCACAGGUACGAUAGUCAAGCAAAUCAGUGGGAAAUUUAUCAACUUGUCUGGUAAUUCAUUCACUGGAUCCCUGGUAAUGGAAGUGGCUAAUUUGGAAAAUCUUUGGGGAUUGGAUGUCUCGAAGAAUAAACUAUCGGGUGAAAUUCCAGAAACAUUGGGAAAUUGUCAAAGCUUGGAAAACCUACGUAUGAAUGGUAACUUGCUUCAAGGAACCAUUCCACAGUCCUUAAGUGCUUUAAAAGGUAUAAGAUUUUUGGAUCUUUCAAAAAAUAACUUUUCUGGGCAAAUUCCAAAGUAUUUCGAAGAAUUUCUUUUCUUAGAGCGUUUGAAUUUGUCAUUCAAUAAUUUCGAGGGUGAAGUGCCCAAAGAAGGAAUCUUUAAAAUUGCGAGCGCAAUUUCAGUUGUUGGAAACAGCAAACUCUGUGGUGGUAUACCAGAACUACAGUUGCCGGCGUGCGUUAAGCAAGCUUCUAAGAAACGACGAAAUUCGUUUGCUCGCCGAGUAAAAAUCACAGUUAUUAUUACGGUUUCAUCUUCGAUUCUCUUGUUGUGUAUCUCUGCGGCGCUUUGUUGGAGAAGAAAUCCUCCAAAGAAAGUUUCUUCUCUGUCAACUGUAGAGAAUCAGUGGUUACAAGUUUCUUAUGCAGAUCUCGUUCAAGCAACAGAUGGCUUCUCUUCAGCUAAUUUAAUUGGUGUGGGAAGUUUUGGUUAUGUAUAUAAAGGAGUUCUAGAACACUUUCAAACAUUUGUUGCAGUGAAGGUACUCAACCUCCUACAACAAGCAGCUUUCAAGAGUUUUGCAGCCGAAUGCGAAGCAUUAAGAAAUAUACAACAUCGAAAUCUUGUCAAGAUCUUAACAAUUUGCUCAGGCAUUGAUUUUUAUGGCAAUGAUUUCAAAGCUCUGGUCUUUGAGUACAUGCCUAAUGAGGCUAAAUAUAGCCAUUGA